GUCCUUAACAAAGUCUUUCUAAUUAUGAAAGAAUCAGAUCUCUAGCUGUAAAUGCGACUGACGAGGAAACCUCCCGAAGUAUAACCUCCCAUUUUGAGUCAUUUAUAUCUAAUUUAAGUGAACAUAUUGAGAUAGUAAAAAUCCUAAAAGGAUUUGGGUUCCUGCAACUUCUAUCAAGAGUUAUGACCGUUUUACUGAAUUUUCGACCGAUUCCUAGGUAUUUACUGUAAAAAUAAAGUUAGGGAAUUUCGAUCUGAAAUUACGUCCACAAAUAGGCCCAGUGGUCCUUAAAAUAUUCUGAAAGUUUUAGCCAAAAACAGUGUUCCUUUCUCGAGAUAUUAAUUUUUCGAGUAGACUCAGUUUUUGUAACGUAUUUAUGGCAAGCGACUAUUUUUUGAAAAAUCAAUAUCUCGAGAAAGGAACACUGUUUUUGGCUAAAACUUUCAGAAUAUUUUAAGGACCACUGGGCUUAUUUGUGGACGUAAUUUCAGAUCGAAAUUCCCUAAUUUUAUUUUUACAGUAAAUACCUAGGAAUCGGUCGACAAUUCAGUAAAACGGUCAUAACUCUUGAUAGAAGUUGCAGGAACCCAAAUCCUUUUAGGAUUUUUACUAUCUCAAUAUGCUCACACAAAUGAGAUGUAAAUGAAUCAAAAUGGGAGGUUACACCUCGAGAGGUUCCCUCUUGAGUUAUAGCAAAAACAAAAAUGUGUUAAAUUUAUGUCCACCGCUUUAGUUUUGGAACUAUUCGAAAAUCAGAGAAACAAAUUCGAUACUAUUUUUCCAAAAUGAACCUUUUUUCGAAAAAUGUGGCUCUAUCAGUUUUUUGAGUUUUUUCUUACUAGUUACCUUUUGAACAAAAUGGAGAACUAAACGUUCUCAUUCAGUUUUGUUAGUUCUAUCCAACUGUCGGAAAAUAAAUUUAAAAAAAUUUUGCUGAAACUUUGAAUUUUCGGCAUUUUAACAUUAACAUCUUUUUAGUGUUGCUUAUACUCGGAAAUUUAGCGGAUAUAUUUACUGAUCGAAUAUUUAAACUAUGUUAUGUUAAUUUUACAAUAGUUGACCAAGCUUGUCCAUCCAAUGUUCAUCUUACUCCGGAAAAUUUUUUUACUGAAUAUACGUAUGUUUUUCAUUUCAUUUUUUUUUCUAAGUUUUAUUUUAUAUUAUUGAUAUAGAAAAUGUAACUUAUCAGCAAUAAACUACACAUUGCCAGAGAUUAACCUUCUAGCAAAUAUCCGUCAACAAUCUAUAUGGCUUGCUAGUGAGUGUUGCUCUUUUAUCAAAAAGAUUUUUAUGAAAUACAAUAACACUAAAAUUAAGAUUUUGUUUGCAUCAUUGAAUAUAGAUGUGACGAAAUCUUUUCUCUUACAAUAGAUAUAGUUUUAUUUUAUUUUUUGAUUUAUUUCUUAAUAGAUUUUAUUUAAUUGUUUUUUUCCCCUAAUUUUAGUUAUAGGAUGUGGAACAAUUGUAGUCGGAUAUUUUCAAGUUUCUUUUUGGUCUAUUACAUGUGAACGUCAAACACGUCGCCUUCGUGAAACACUUCUUCGAUCAAUACUUAAUAAAGAAAUAGCUUAUUUUGAUAUGACUAAAAUGGGUCAACUUAAUACAAGAUUGGUAGAAGAUGUUAAUAAAGUACAUGAUGGUAUAGGGGAUAAGCUCGGUUUAGCAUUACAAUUUCUUGCUGCUUUUAUUGCGGGUCUGAUACUUGGAUUAGUUAAAGGAUGGAAAUUGACAUUAGUUAUACUUUCUGUUAGUCCAUUACUUUUUCUUAGUGCAGUUAUCUUCACAAAAAUUACAGCAACAAUGACAUCGCAAGAAUUGCACGCAUAUGCAAAAGCUGGAGCUAUUGCUGAAGAAGUUUUUAGUAAUAUACGGACUGUUUUUUCAUAUAAUGGAGCGGCUUAUGAAUCGAAAAGAUAUGAAAAACAUUUAAGAUCAGCUAAGAUUAGUGGCAUUCGUAAAGGAGCUUUAAAUGGAAUUUUAAUGGGUGGCAUCUGGUUAAUAGUGUGUUGCGCUUAUGCUUUGAGUUUUUGGUAUGGAGCCAAACUUGUUCGAGAAGAGAAUUAUUCAAUUGGUGGAAUUCUUAUUGUCUUUUUUUCAAUUACUACAGCAGUAUUUAAUCUUGGUCAAGCAGCUCCUCAUCUUCAGUUAGUAGCGCAAGCACGCGGUGCAGCUUAUACAUUAUGGAAAAUAAUCGAUACGCCAUCGACAAUUACAAUAAGUAAUCUAAAUUGUAUACAAAAAGAAGAUUUAAUCGGCGAUAUAAAGUUUUCUAAUGUUCAUUUUGUUUAUCCGUCUCGACCUGAUGUUCCUGUUCUUAAUGGACUUACAUUUACAGCUCAACAAGGUCAAACAACAGCACUUGUUGGUACUUCUGGUUGUGGAAAAAGUACAUGUAUGCAAUUAUUACAAAGAUUUUAUGAUACAAUCGAUGGUACAGUUGAAAUUGAUGGUAUUAGUGUUAAUCAAUAUAAUCUCAGUUGGCUUCGACAACAUAUUGGUAUUGUUUCACAAGAACCAAUUUUAUUUCAUACAACAAUAAGAGAAAAUAUACUUUUUGGAAAAAUGGAUGCAACACAAGAUGAAAUUGAACAAGCAACAAAAAUGGCAAAUGCACAUGAUUUUAUAAUGCAAUUACCAGAACAAUAUAAUACACUAGUUGGAGAACGUGGUGCACAAUUAAGUGGAGGUCAAAAACAACGAAUAGCUAUUGCUCGUGCACUUAUUCGUGAUCCUCAUAUUCUUUUACUUGAUGAAGCAACAAGUGCUCUUGAUACAGAAAGUGAACAUGUUGUACAAGAAGCUCUUGAUCGUGCAUCAAAAGGACGUACAACAAUUGUUAUUGCACAUCGUUUAUCAACUAUUGUAAAUGCAUCAAAAAUAAUUGUUCUUAAUAAAGGAUCAGUAAUUGAAGAAGGAAAUCAUGAAACAUUAAUGAAUGUAGGAGGAGUUUAUCGUGGUCUUUUUGAAGCACAACAUUUACAUAUGAAAAACGAUGAUCAAAAAGGACUUGAAAAUAAUGAAGAUGAUGAAACAUCAACAAUUCCUGCUUACGAUCGAGUAAGACUAUUAAGUGAUCGUUAUCAUCAAUCUAGCAACGAAGUAUCAACUGAAGAACAAGAAACACCUAAAAAAUGCGAUCAAUCAGACGAAACUAAAGAGUAUACUGGACCUUCACCAUUUUUAGCAAUGCUUAAAAUGAAUAAACCCGAAAUGUGCUUUAUUAUAUUUGCUUGUAUGUCAUGUAUUUGUAAUGGAGGCAUUCAACCGGCAUUUGGUAUUAUUUUCAGUAAAAUUAUUGCAAGUUUUUUGUUUGCACUAUCGGGUGAAGCAUUAACACAACGUCUUCGUACAAAAAUCUUUCGAACUUUAUUACGACAAGGAGUUGCUUAUUUUGAUCAAGCAGAAAACAAUACAGGUGCUUUAUGUACUCGACUUGCAACUGAAGCAUCUGAUGUUCAAGGAGCUACUGGUGUUCGAAUUGGAACAAUAUUACAAAAUAUAUCAAAUCUUGGUGUUGGAAUAGUUUUAGCAUUUAUUUAUGGUUGGUCAUUAACUUUAGUUAUAUUAGCUUUUGUUCCAUUUAUGAUUCUUGCUGGAUUUUUACAAAUAUAUUUGUUGACUGGAUUUGCUAAUAAAGACAGACAAGUUUUAGAAGAUGCUGGAAAGAUUGCUGUUGAAGCUAUAUCAAAUAUUCGAGCAGUAGCACAACUAACAAAAGAAAAACAUUUUGGUGAUGAAUAUUGUAAAUUACUUGAUAUUUCUUUUAAAAAUAGUUUAAGACGAAUACAUGUAUUUGGAAUUUUGUUCAGUUUUACUGAUUCAAUUAUGUUCUUUGCACAAGUAGCUUUGUUCUCUUUUGGAGCUUGGAGAGUUGAACAAGGAGCAAUGACUUUUGAAAGUAUUACGCUUGUACUUAGUUGUAUACUUUUCGGUGCAAUGGCUGUUGGUCAAACAACAUCAAUGUCGCCAGAUUAUUCAAAAGCAAUCGCAUCAUCGAAAAAAAUUUUGACUUUAUUUAAUCGUGUACCAAUAAUUGAUAAUUCUUCGACCAAUGGAAAAAUAUUAGAAAAUUUUGCUGGUCAAAUUGAUUUAAAUAAUUUGGAAUUUCAUUAUCCAAAUCGACCAGAAGUACAAGUUUUGAAAAAUUUUAAUUUAAGAGUUGAACCUCAUAAACAAGUUGCUCUUAUUGGUUCAUCAGGUUGUGGAAAAAGUACAAUUAUUCAAUUACUUGAACAUUUUUAUGAUCCAAUUAAUGGACAACUGUUAAUUGAUCAAAAUGAAUUAUCAACAUUGAAUCUUCAAUGGUGGAGAAGUCAACUUGGCUUUGUAAGUCAAGAACCAAUUUUAUUUGAUGCAACAAUAAGAGAAAACAUUGCUUAUGGUGAUACAUCACGAAAAGUAUCUAUGAAAGAAAUUCAAGAAGCAGCAAAAAAUGCUAAUAUUCAACGAUUUAUCGAAAAUUUACCAGAACAAUAUGAAACAAAUGCUGGUUUCAAAGGUACACAAUUAUCUGGUGGAGAAAAACAAAGAAUUGCUAUUGCUCGAGCACUUAUUCGUAAUCCAAAGAUCUUAUUACUUGAUGAAGCAACAAGUGCACUUGAUACAGAAAGUGAACGUAUAGUUCAAGAAGCACUUGAUCAAGCAUCAAAAGGUCGUACAACAAUUGUUAUUACACAUAAUUUAUCAACAAUAAAAAAUUCUGAUCUUAUUUGUGUUCUUGAUCAUGGUCGUAUUGUUGAAUCUGGUAAACAUGAUGAAUUAUUAGCUCGCAAAGGAUAUUAUUAUCGUCUAGCACAAACAAAAAAAUGA